GACAAGAUCGUUGUUAUUUCUGUGUGCCUCAAGUACCCAGAAAAAGUUCACUACUUUUGGUUGGCAGCUCAAGACUUGUGCUGCACAAUGUCUUCAAGCAACAAAGUUUCAUCUUAAAGCAUGUGAAAGAUGUGUUAUGUCACAAGUACAGAUUCAACACAGGCAAAUGUCUGUAAAUGUGCGGGAACACAGGGUGGAGCCAAAGCCCAAAUUUCCAGACAAUGAACACUUCACAAUGAUAUAUAGGUUUCGUGGAAUAAGAUUCUUGAGAGCUGUUUCAAGGCUAAAAGUACUUCAGACUGGCAUAACUGUUGCUCUUGUACCUACAUUUUAUUAUUUUUACCUGCAGCAACAAGUACAAAAUACUCUCCUUACUUAUAUUACUGGAUUAUCAGGUUUUGCUGUCAUCAUGCUUUAUUUCAUGAGUUACUAUUUAAGACGAUUUGUGGGGAUGCUGUAUGUAAAUGACUCUGGAACCACUUUGAAGGUUUCACAUUUGACUUUUUGGGGAAGGAGAAAUGAUUUUUAUGUCUCUGUUGGAGAUGUCAUGCCUCUUGGAGACACAGGGGACACAGCAAAUGAAACUAUUCUGCAGUUUAAACAAUAUAAUAAAACUGAGAUUUUCUAUUUCACGAUUAAGUUUGGGCAGAUAGUUGAUAAGCAAAAAUUCUUACAAGUGUUUGGUAAUAUUCACUAAAUUUUACUCACUAGCAUCCUGAUGUAA